AUGAUUUGCAAAAAUGGUGGGUUUAAAAUGUUUAUACUAAUUAUUUUCAUCGCACUGUCCGCUAUAAUGGCCAUGGCCGCUGCCGGUGGUGACCACUAUGUGGAACACAAGCACAUUCCGAUCGUGCACAGCGAGCUGUUGCAGAACAGUAAUGGUCAGUUCAAGUAUGCCUACGAGUCGGGCAAUGGAAUCCAGGUUCGGGAGGAAGGUCACGUCAAGAACUUUGGACAGAAAGACCAUGAGAUCAACGUAGCCCACGGAUCGUACUCGUACGUCGAUCCUCAUGGUGUUCCAGUGUCGGUGAGCUACGUUGCCGACGAAAAUGGAUUCCAGGCCCAUGGAUCGCAUAUCCCAACUGCACCACCACUACCCAAGGAGCUGGUUGAGGCCUACGCCAAGGUUGGCAGUCAUCCAGAGGCCCACCACGAUGAAACAGAAAGCUACAAAGGUCACUAAGCAGAUCCGGCCGUGAGCUGGAGAUGAUGUCCUACAUGCCUCCCAGAUGAGCAACAUGCCAAUAUGUGAUAGUCUAUCCGAUUGUCUGCCGGAUAGUGCCUAGUGAAUUUUAUCUUGAUAGGUACGAUUUUCAAAUUCAAAAGAGAAAAAAUAUAAAUAAAUGAAAUGAUAUUAAACGAAA